GUAGGUGAGUGACGUCAGACAGGAACCAGUAGAAGGAAGCUUGACAAAUCAAGAUGGCGUCCCACGCUGAAGCAGGAAAGAGAUUCCAGUUAAAAUAAAACUCUCCCGGAGCAUAGUUUACAUUUGAGUGCCACCUCGACAACACGUCGUCUACAUUUCGUUAAAAAAAGAAGACGGAGCAGAUACAGUCUCUAAAUGGCUGCGAGGAAGUCUGCAUCAGAUGCAUACAACAAUGGACCCAUCAGCUACCUUGAUGAAGUUCCCUUCAAGAUCAAUGAUAAAUUCCGCUGCCCAGCCAAAGUGGGCCUGCCUGUGGGCUUCUGUCUCCCAGACUGCGACUCUAUGCUGGCGGACUCACAGUUCGACUUCUCUCUGGAGAGGCGAAGUGUGCGCUGGGGGGUUGAACUUGCUGAGGCCCGAGCAGCAGAAGCCAGAGCAGCAGAGGCCGCCGCCAAGCAGGAGGCGGAGCGCAAGGAGUGCGCAGCACAGGACAUGGAUGGCGGUGGAGGCAAGAAACGCCGGCCCGCUGCAGAGGACCAGGACCUUUUACCACCAGCGUUGAACCCUGUCCUGGCGGGAUUCAGCCACAACGCCAUCCUUACCCCAAUGCCUGCCUCGAGCCUUGGCCCCAGGAAAUCCCAGCCUAGCAUUCCUCAGCUUCACAGACUCAACCUAGCUGACUUUGAGCGGGAGGAGGACCCCUUUGACAAGCUAGAGCUCAAAACUUUGGACGAUAGGGAGGAGCUCAGGACCAUCCUCCAGAGCCAGCCACAACCUCAACCUCCUGCCUCUGUUUCCCCACCAGAGGUGUCCCAGACAGGGUCACGUGGAAACAGCCCGCCUCCCCCAAUCACUAACACCAGCAUCACAUCCAAACCCAGCUUCACCCAUAAACCUAAUGGGUUGGUGGCCUUGCUGGACAUGGACAGAGUGGGGCACCCUGGGAGAACGAGUUUCGAAACAGACGAUCGGCCCUGUAACAUACGCUCUCUCACUUUCCCAAAACUUUCUGACUCUGGUGACCCAGAGCCAGUGAGGUACAACCCCAACACUGCACCCACCCCUGUUCCCCGACAGAACCUACCCAACGGCAGCCCGCCCGCCGUACCACACACCCAAGUUAUCGUUGCUCCUGAGCCAACCAUCCGCACCAAGAUUAGUGCACCAAAACCGGUCAACCCAGGGUCAGGAACUGCCGGUCUCCCGUGCGGCGGGGCCCUGCUCAGCAUGACCCCGAGCGAGCGUCAGUGUGUGGAAACACUCGUGGGCAUGGGCUACUCUUACGAGGGCGUCUUACGGGCCAUGCAGAGACAAGGGCAGAACGUGGAGCAGGUACUGGAUUACAUGUUUGUCCAUGGGCGUCUGUGUGAGCGGGGCUUCGAUUCAAGUGCAGUGGAGGAAUGUUUAGAGAUGUACCAAUGCUCAGAGGAAAAGGCCUUGCAGUUCCUUGAGCUCAUGUCGAGGUUUGGCGAGAUGGGAUUUCAGCGUGACGCCAUCAAAGAGGUGCUGCUGGUUCACAACAACGACCAGGACAAGGCCCUAGAGGACCUGAUGGCUCGGGCUGCCGCUAGCUGAGCUAAGCUAACAGCCAACAGCCAACCAAAGCCCGGACCAGGGCCUUGCCUCCCGCUACUGCCCAACACAGCCCUUUUCCUUCUGCCGCCACAUCACACCAUGCCCUGCCCUUCGCCUUGGCUGUGGAAGGGACAGCUGGGAGACAGUUGUAUUUCUCUCUGUGCUAAAAACGUAUCGUGUCUCAGCACUUCUUAAAGACUGUGUGCCUAGAGUGGAGGGGGGUAACAAUGCUUUUAUGGUGGUGUUAAUUUUUCUAAGAAGUCAUCGGCGUUAGGUUCAAGGAUUUUGUACUGCGAGGGUAUUCAAGAAUGGGAGGAAUGACUGAGCUCUAAAGGAGAAACUGGAAGAAUUGGGCCGCAGUCUUUCGAUUGCAAAGGACCCUAAGAGGACCCGGUGACAGACUGAGCACAUUACAGACCCGUUUAAACUCUUAAAACUCCCAAACAACUAAGCUGCCAUCUUCCACUGCUCUGUGCAGACUUAGUACAUGGUGGCGGUGAUUUGGGGGGUGCUUGAAGAAGCUCUCUUUAACUGAACGUACAUUUAAAGUUAAAAAAAAGACUAAGAUUAAAAAAAAGCCCAGUCACCUGGCAGAUAACUGACUCAAGAAGUGCCCUCUCUGCUCUGGUGCCCUACUUCUGUUCUACUCUUUCACGCAUUCAUGUGUUUUUCUGUUCAUUUGGGCGCUUUUUUUCAUGUCUUUGAUUUCUGUUUUACGAACUGCAUAUUAGACAUUUAUGUCACUAUAACUCAGAAGAAGAGAUACUUCUACCCCAGUUCGCUCUUUGACCUGCACUGGAAUGACCUGUUAGAGGGUGAGGAGAAAUUGGGAACAUUCCUCUGUAGGAAAUAAUAAGAAAUAUCCAAUAAUCCACUGGCACUGAUGUGUCACAUACUGCACAGGCGCACGUGUUUCAUAAUUAUCGACUUAUUUAAAUAGUUCACUGAUACUUUCAUUUACAAUGACAGUUUGCUAUGAUAAUGUAACAUAUGUUAACUCACUUUUAACUGACUUCUGUUAAAAGACUGGAAAAGAGUGAGUGGUUUAAAAAAAGAAACAAAAUGUGAGAGGGUUGUUUUUGCAACUACACCACAGUGCAAUAGAGACAUUUCAUAUUGAGUGACUGUCGACUGGAGCUUUGAGCCUCAAGAAAUUGUUGGAGGAAUGAGGAAUGGUCUACAAGCCUUGCUGGACAUUUGGAUGAUGGUAGAAAAAGGUUUGAUUUUGGUCCCCAUCGUUUAUUCAUCUGCAACAAAAUUGAAUCCCACAUGAUUUGUUGACACAUCCACUUUCUUUUCUCUUGUGUAAUAUGAUAGGAGUGUUUAUCUUGAUUUUAGGUGUGUUGCCAUUUCCACAGUCUUACAUGGAAAGUUCCACUUGUUAAUUGGGUGUAAUUGUUUUAAAAAAAAAAGGUCAAGAUCCUCUUUUUUUAGUUCAAUGAUAAGUAAAAAGCGUGUCUGCUCUGUUGCACCAACGGCCAAGAUGGGAGACGUUUCCAUAAUAAGGAGCUCUGUUGUCCUGAUGGGGAUUGUUUGAGGCGUGGUGACAGAUUAAGGGCUUAAACAAAAGGAAACUUUGCUUGGGGCGGGUCCAGUACUUUGUCUUAAGAUUCACAGCUGAAAAACAAAUUGUAUGUACCACAAAUGUAUUUCAGAACAACCCCCGGUUUGACCAAUCUAAAUAUAGUGCCGUUUAUUCCCAAUAUAGACUCUCUAUUCACCACUUAAUUUACCAUUCUAAUCAAACGAGUUAGCAAAGGGUUUCAGGAAAUAAAUCUUUGUGAGGAUAUCGAAAUAUCAUCAUAAACAUGUCCUUUCAAUCCAUUUUCCAAUAGGACAAUAGUGGGUGCAGGCAUCAACAUGACAAUGCAAUGUGUCAUGUUGGAUCUGGUAUCAGCGUCUUUGUCUUGAAACGAGGUUGACGUGAUCGACAUAAGUAUUUUCAUCUAGUUUUGUUUCUUCAUUUACUGUGAUAAGAAGAAAGGUUCACACACUACAGACAAACACAUAAGUGGUAUUAUUAUCGCCCUACAUAAAUAAAGCGUGAUUUCCUUAGUCUUGUACAAAGUAAGUUUAUGUCCACUUGCCUCUCCUCUGACGGCCACACAGUUGGAGUGAAUGCAGUAGAGCAGGUUGUGGACCUCCGCCAGCAAUGCCUCCACCCGUUUCUGUUAUGAUGUCCUAGUGAUGAAAAGCAACUGGGGCCUCAUAUUCAAGGGGUUUUUAUAUCCGAUCCACCUCUAAGCUACAGCAUAAUUGAACAUGACAUGCUUAUAAAUCUAAUGGACGUUGAAAUAUCAUAAUGGUAAUAAAAGAGGUGGCUGAGUUGAGUGUUAUUUCCCAAGCUCCUGAAAUGUGAUUUUCGAAAUGUUUAAUUUCCUCUUGGAUGAUUUGGAAACAUUUUCACAAUUAAAUGUGCACAUCUUUCCAGUGGUGAGAUCGUCACUGUUGUUA